AUGGAUGAUGAAUUGGAAGUGUUGGAUGAGAUUAUAUUUGAACAACCCACUUUUAGAAAGCCUGGAAAACAUCCAAAUAGUGCAGAUAUUGCCAGGGAGAAUCGAAAAAAGAGUGCGCCUCCUCCCCCAGUGUGCGUAACAGAUGUAGAUGAGGUUACAAGUCCUGGUUACACUCGUAGGCUUAUUAUUGAACGUGUUGUAUUGUAUAAUUUCAAAAGUUACGGAGGCACUAGGAUUAUAGGUCCUUACCACAAAAGAUUCACUUCCAUAAUAGGGCCAAAUGGGAGCGGAAAAUCAAACGUCAUAGACGCUAUGCUUUUUGUCUUUGGCUUUGGCGCUAGGCAAAUGAGGUUUAAAAAUGUGGCUGAACUAAUUCAUAACUCGGCAGCCUAUAGGAAUAAGAAUGGAGGGAAACCCUUGGAUAAAAUGUCAGUAUCUAUCCACUUUAUGGAGAUAAUCGAUAAGGACCCCGAUAAAGAGGAGUUUGAAAUUGUUCCUGGAUCAGAGCUCAUAAUUACACGAGAAGCUUUCCAAGAUAGUACGUCAAAGUACAAAAUUAAUGGAUCCACUUCCAGCAAGAAACAGGUGGUUAAUGCACUCAAGGAUAGACAUAUGGACCUAGAAAAUAAUCGAUUCCUAAUUUUGCAGGGGGAAGUGGAGCAGAUUUCUCAAAUGAAACCAAAGGGCACAAAACCAGAUGAGGAAGGGUUGCUUGAGUAUCUAGAAGAUAUCAUAGGAACUAAGCAAUAUCUGGAGCCUAUAAAUGAAAAGACAGAAGAACACUCGAAAUUGCAAGAUGAACUACAGGAUAAAAAAUCUCUAUACGAUGUGGCAAACAAAGAAAUAGAGGAUAUGAUAUCAUCAAAGGAUAAAGUCGAUAAGUAUUUAGAGACGGAUAAAGAGAUGCUAAAACUUGAAAUACUUGUUAUCCAUCACACACUAGUGAAAAUGACGGAGGAAAAGGAAGCAAAGACAAAGGAAUUAAACAAAUUUGAGCAUGAUUCUAAAGAACACCACAAAAUAAUUGAUGAUCUCACUGAUCAUAAGAAGAACUUAACCGCUGAAAUGACUAAAUUGGAAAAUGAACUUGAGAGUUCUGAAAACACAUUUAAAGAUGUAAAAAGUAAAUUUCAAAAAUUAUGCGCACGUGACGAAGAAUUGCGACGUCAUUUGAAUCGUGAUGUUACAAAGAUAAAAGAAAAGACCAAAACUAUGGAGAAUCUCAAGAAAAAAAUCAGUGACAAUGAAAAGACAAUCGUCAAAAAUAUGGAAAAGAUCGAAACCAUGACGAAAGAGAUUCCAAGUUGUGAAGCUGCAUUAGAACAGGCGGAUAAAAAUCUUGAAAACAUCCAAAAUAUGCUAAAAGAUGAUAUAAAAACUUGCACAAUGGCAUUGGCAGAAGCUGAAAAAUCUGUAGCCCCUUUACAGAGUGAACUAGACAAUAUAUACAAAGAGCUGAGUGAUUUGUCUACUAAGAGAGAAUUAAUGCUUCAAAGAACAGAAUCCACAGAAAAGGAGCUGAAGCAAAUAGAAGAGAGCUUGUCUAAGGUAAAAUGUGAGUUAGCUGAUAAUAAUCAGAAACUGAAGGAGGCAAAAGUCACUUUGACUCAGAAGAAAACCACGUUCCACAUCAACAAAGCAAAAAUUACUGAACUAGAGGAACAGUUGAAGGAACAAAGGAGUGCGUAUAAGGUGCUGAAAAUUGCAUAUGAAUCACAAAAGCUCGAGAAUGAGGGCAUGUCCAAUCAAAAUAAACAACAAUCAUACAUCAACGGUUUGGUUAACAAGGGAACUCUUAAGGGCUUUUUUGGCAAAUUAUGCGACCUAUGUACAAUUGAUUCAAAAUUCGAAAAGGCUUUAAUGGUCGCUGGCGGCGCUUUUAUGGAUCAUUAUGUAGUGGAAACGCCCGAAGUCGCUUCUCAGAUAUUUGACGAGCUCCGAAAAAUGAAUCUGGGCAGGGCAUCAGUGCUAGCUCUUACAGUGGUAGAGAAAUCUAAGGGUAGAUUCACUGCUGCUAUGGAAAAUGGAAUGGAACCAAUCAAGGGCCUAACAAGCACCGCCAAGAGGUUGAUUGAUUUAAUCAAGCCCACUGAGGAGAGAUUCAAGAUUUGUUUUUUCCACGCAAUAGGAGAGACAAUUGUAACAGGUAACAUAGAAGAUGCAUUUACCAUUGGAUACAAUGAGAGGAAGAGAGUUGUUACAAUAGAAGGGGAGUUGAUUGAGCCAGACGGUCGAUUAUGUGGAGGUGGUUCAACUUCUUCCAAAAAAACGGGAAGUUCAGCGGCUUCUAAAAAGGAACAGAUCAACAUUAAACAGGUUACAGAUCUCGAGACAAAACUUGCCAAUUUGGAGUCGGAGUAUACAAAUGUGCAAAAGCAGAUACGCGAGUAUAUGAUGCUGGAGGAGGAAGUAGAUAAUAAAAUCAGCAUGUUAAAGCAACUUAUAGAUAAUGAUGAGGCAAGUUUGGCUAAAUAUGAAAAGAGGAAACAAAGUCUGUUAAACCAGAUUAAGGAGAUAAGCAAAUGCAAUUCAACGGCUGAGAUUGAUAGUGAGAUAGCUAGGGUAACUAAAUUUAAAGAGGCCAAGGAGAAGGAUGUUAAGAUGCUUGAAAAGAAGGUUACUAGUGCCAGUAAUGCUUUGAAGAAUGUGGGAGGGGGGAAAUUAAAGGAUGCAAAAGCAAAAUACAAAUCUUGUGAACAAAACGUCACUUCCAAGUUUGAACAAAUAGAUUCCUUGAAAAAGUCUGUGACAAAUUCCAAAGCCGACGUUGAAAGAUGCAAGAAACAGUAUGAAAAGCUGGAGAAGGAAAUCCUUCAGCAUAAAGAAAAUGAAGAGAAGAUCAAUGGGGAGAUUGAUUGUAUUGAGAAAGAAGCAGCAAAGAUUAAACAGUUUCAAGAUGAGCUGGCCAAUAAAAUCAAGAUAAAUACCGAAUCAAUUGCGAAGCAUAAAGCACAAAUUGAUGAAAUUGAAAAACAGCUAUCUGAAUUCAAUUUGAAACUGGUUGAAAUUAACCAUUCAUUGCAAGAUAUAACUAAGUUAUUAGCACAAUUGGACACUAAUAUAACAAACGAAACUGGCAAGGGCGAGAAGUUUGCUGAAAAAUAUAAGAAAUCUGCUGAACUCCUUCUGGAAUCUAUAGCUCUUACUGAAGAAUUUAGAAAUAUUGAGAAUGAAGAUGUCAGUGUUAAAAUUAAAAAAUUCGAUCCUGCAGAGUUAGUGAUAGAGGAGAUCGAUAUUAAGAAGGCCCAGAGUCAAAUUGAGGAGAAGAAGAAAGAACUAGAAGAUAUGAAAGUCAAUUUAAGUGUCAUUGGCGAGUUUAAAAACAAACUCCAGGAACUAAAAAAGAAAUUUCAUGAAUUGAAUAGAGUGAAAAUUCACUGCAAGAACGUAGGAGAUGCUUUGGAAACUUUGUGCAACAAGAGAAAGAAGGAGUUUCUUGAUGGAUUUGCGGUUAUUGCAGCUAAACUCAAGGAGAUGUACCAAGCUAUAACAUUUGGCGGUGAUGCUGAACUAGAGUUGCUGGAUUCGACUGACCCAUUUACCGAGGGCAUAUUAUUUAGUGUUCGACCUGCCAAGAAGAGUUGGAAACAGAUUCAAAACCUUUCGGGUGGCGAAAAAACCCUCAGCUCACUAGCCCUAGUGUUUGCUUUGCAUCAUUACAAGCCAAACCCAGUGUAUUUUAUGGAUGAAAUUGACGCCGCCCUGGACUUUCGCAACGUUGGUAUUAUUGCACAAAAUAUCAAAAAUCGCACAAAAAAUGCCCAGUUUAUCAUAAUAUCCCUCAGAAACCAAAUGUUCGAACUUUGUAACAGGAUGAUUGGGAUUUACAAAACAUUUAGUGUCACCAAGACUGUGUUUAUUGACCCUUCCAAGUAUGAUGAUAUAUACGAUAAUGUUAGCGGGAAUGAGAAGAAAGAAGUGAAGAAAUGA